AUGAUCCUGUGGAAGACACCACCUAUGGAGAUGCCGCUGCAGUCACCGCCACCUCUUGAUUCAGAUAUGGAUUGGCUUAUUGAGUCGGUGUUGCUGGAAGACGAACAAGCCGUUUCCGCAGAAUUUUGGAUUUCCGACGAUGAUCAUGUGGACUCCAUAACGGAUUCAUCCACUGGUGCAACAGAUGUCUCAGAGUCAACUCCCUCAGAGUCAGCUCCCGCUGACUCUGACACAUCUGUUGUGGAGACUCCGCUGCAGCCUUCACCCGCCCUCGAUCCUGUUAUCAAUUCCCAUACUGAUUCCGAGUCCUCUGGAGGCAAAGAUUCUAUCUCUGAAGACGUUCGGACUCCCGAGAGCGAGCCACUGCACCCCGUAUCGGAUUCUUCCACUGUCUCUAUGCCCCCGGCAUCGAGAGAUGACCCUGAGGGGCCGGAUGCCGACAGUGGCGGGGGGGAAGCUGUGUAUGCUUCAAUGCAAUCUGUAUUGCCGUGUGCUCAUCACUGUCUCUAUGCCCCCGGCAUCGAGAGAUGA